AUGGGCCCGGGCCCCACCGCCACGUCCAUGCGGGUCCGUCUGGAGGCUGCCGAGCGACGGCUUGGCGCUCAGGCCCGGGUCCUCGACAGGCUGGGCGAGGGAGCCGAUGGGACGAGCGGACGCGUGGCUGCCUUGGGCGAAGCUGUCGGUGCUCUGGAGGCUGCCGUCUGCGAUGUUGAUGGCAACGUGGCCGUGGCUCUUGAUGCUCACGCCCAGCUCGAGUCUACUGUCCGCGCUCUGGCCGAUCAUGUGGCCGAGCUCAAGACCGCUGUCGUCGACGGCCUGGCCACCGCAGCCGAUCCCGACGCUCGCGCUCAUCGCCAGCAGCUGGAGAGCCAGCUCGCCGGCGUGCGUAACACCCUUGCAGAGGUGGCCGGCGCGACACGGACUUCGGUCCACUCGCUCGAGGCCACGCUCGACGCCCGACGCAACGCCCUCGCCUCGGAGCUCCGCGCCGAUCUCGCUGCCGUCCUGGCUGACCUCCGCCUCAUGGUCACCUCGUCCAUCGCCGAUGCCGCCGAGCUGGCCGACACUCGCGACAAUGCGCUGCGCGACCACGUCAACUCGCGGUGUGACGCGCUCCGUGCCGAGCUUGCCGCCGAGCUCCGUGAAGUGGUCGCCACAGCGGUUGCCGACGCGCUCGCGUCGCAGCCACCGCCGCCUCUGCCGCCGCCUCCCUCAAACUCUCCUGACGCGCUCGCCGAGCUGGAUGAACGACUCUCGCGCGAGAUAGCUGACGCUCGCGUCGAGCUCCGCACCUCGCUCGGCGACAUGGAGGCGCGGCUGCGGGCCGCGCGCGAGGCCGACUUUCGGGCGGCGCUCGACGCAGCGCAGGGGGAGUUUUCCAAGCUUGCAGACGACAUGGCCCAGCUAGCUGACGCUCAGGAGGCCAAGCGCGCGGCAGCUGAGGCCCAGACCUCUGCAUUGCUGGCCCAGCUGGAGUCCCGGACCGCAGCCGUGGAGGCGCGAGUCGACGAGUCCCGGCCGGCGGCAGAGGCGCUUGACGACAUCCGCGCCUCGGUCGCCUCGGUCACCGCCCACGUCGAGGGUGCUGUCUCUGCACUUUCCAACUCGGUGACGUCGGCGUACGAGCCGCUUCGCGCAAGGCUCAACGAGCUGACGCAGGGUCACAACGCGGCGCUGCAGGCGGUCGAGGAUCUCACCAGCCGGGUCGACGAUGCAGGCGUGCGGGCCUCGGACGCCGCUGCCGACAUGGACAAGCUGCGCGGAGUACUGGACGAGCUCCGCGCGGCAACUGCCAGCGAAAUCGGCACGCUUGAGGCCAGGACCGCAACGUGCGAAGCCGCGCUCGACGAGCUUGUCGACGGUACGCUGCCCGCCAUUUCGGGCGCCGCAAGCGAGGCUGCUGAAGCCGCCGCGACGCGCGAGGCCGCCGCUCGCGACGUGCUUGCCACAGAGCUCCACGCUACGCUGCGCGCGCUCGCGGAGCGGGUCCAGCAGAACACAGAGAGUGCAGUGCGCACCGAGGCGAGUGCCGAUGCGCUCGAGGCCUCGCUCCGGGUCGCCGACGCCAACUUUAAGCGGUCGAUGGACAAGGUGACCGGGACUGUCAACGCCCUCGUGGCCUCGGUCAACACGGUGCAGGACAUGGUGUUCGGCUCGGUGUGACAGUGUUCUCAUGAUGUUUAGCUCCGGCAUGUGGCGCGCGGCUGCGCCGACACCAUCACCGCCACACACCACGC